UGUGUGUUGGCAGCCCCAUGGGAACUUCAUGAGUGUAUGGGUCCGGCUGUCGGGGGGGAUGGAGUGGAAGAACGAGAGAAUGACGGGCUUUGAACUGCAUUGGGAGCUUUGAACUUUGAGAGAACUUCAAAUUGUGAUUACUGACUUUGUGGUGUGAUUGGGAGCUUUGAACUGUGGAGGGCAGCAUUGCUCCUCUUAGUAGUUGUACAACUUAUUCGAAGAAGAAGACUUUGGACUGUGCUGAGCCUUAUUGAAUAACUUUGAUUUGCGGAUAAAGAACUCAGUACUGUGGAGGGCAGCAUUAUACCUGUGUAUACGUGUUCAGUCUGAAGGAAAGUAUUAGAAGAAGGACAACAUCAGGCAAAGGAGGAGGAGGCAGUAGGCCUCAGUAUAUUGUGUGACCAUCUUGUCUUUCAGUGGAGUACAGCCAGGUUGCCGGAAAUAGCAGACAUGAAAUCCGUGGAACAGGCCGAAGAUCUGAUGGCCUUUGAAAGAAGACUGACCGAGUCCAUCUCCUGUUUGCAACCUGCAGCCAACCGGUGGAGAAUGAUUCUGUUAGUGGUGUCUGUUUUGUUGGCCGCUGGAGCUUGGAGCUGGUUAAAUGACCCCAACACACAGAAGGUCUCGUUCUAUUUAUCACUGUGGAAUCAUCCCUUCUUCACGAUCGUCUGCAUCACUUUCAUAGCUCUCUUCUUUGCCGGGAUACACAGACGGGUUGUGGCACCAUCGAUUAUCGCCGAUCGCUGUCGAACAGUCCUAACAGAAUACAACAUGUCAUGUGAGGAUACGGGGAAACUUAUUCUCAAACGCAAACAGUCUGACAGUGAGUCUGGUCUUCACUGACCUGCUUCUUGUGAUGUAUUUGAUCCCAAUUAGGACGUGUUUAAUUUUGUGACCUUUAGGCGGGAAGAUUAAUUUUCCUUGUGAUGGAAAUGCAUUUGCAGGGCGGAAGAAUAUAAAUGAUUUUAGACUAAUAAAAACACUUGAAAGGCUGAGGUUGUCAUAAUUCAGGUAUGAAAGGGAUAAAACGGUUUACCUAAUAAAUCCUCCAGAGAUGAACAUUUCUUAGUUUUUGAUGAAAACGUAGUGCCUCGGGGCAUGGCUGCCUUAUAGCAAUUUAAAAUGCUUAAAAUGUUCUAAAUGUAGCAUAUGGAAUGUGGUUUGUUUUUUCAGCUGGAUCUUCUUAGACGUUGCUAAAAAAUGUGUUUUAAAUUCUGUGCCCGUUCACCAUCAUAGGCUACACUGGGAGUCAGCGUGCUGAAGUGUAUCAUACCCUAUAGGUCAAUACCUCAUGCACCAACACUUCAAAAAAACUGAUCUAUGCCUAUAAAUUAUUUGCCACAUUGCCAGCUGAUCAUUUAUUUGACCCAAUAUUGUAAUGCACCUCGAAACCUAUGUCACUGUAUACUGCUUUGUGGCGUAUAUAUACAGCAUUAUGGAUACAGAAGUAUUUGCCAUGUUGCUUCUACA